CGGUGGUGGUGGUGGUGGUGAAGGUGGCGUCGAGAGCUCCCUAUGACGUCAUAUCUCUGGACUGUGGAAACAACAUCUCGAAAGGAUGGAAGCUCGUCGAGAGGCACGCCGUGUUCCUUCUUUCUAUUCUCGAGGACGUGAUAACGGGCGUGUUAAGUGGUAACCGUGGACGUUUGGUCAGACAUACGGGAACGACGUUAUUUGUCGUCAACAACGACGACGACGACGACGACGACGACGACGAAGACAACGAUAACGAAACAGACGACUAGAAUCAACGAGUCUGUAAGAAGUGACUGUUAAAAAAGACAAAAAAAAGGGGGAAAAAAUAAAAAUUAAAAAAAAAUGAAUAAAGGAAAAAAAUGGCUCAUCUUUUUGUCACGUUCGUCUGAUAUCGGUAAUCGUCGUUGUUGUUAGCCACUCAUUCACUCACUCAUUCACUCGGCUAACAACCGGCUCGACUCCGUCGUCGCGAAGGAGCCAUCGAGGACAAGCAACAAGCGUUCUCGAGCGGCGCGCGAGACCGGGCAUCGAUUUAGCCGGGAAAACAUGACACUGAGAGACCGACGUCUAAGCUAUCGCUUUUCUACGGAACGCCGUCCUUCUUCUGGACGUACGAUAACGUGCGAAAACCAGCUAGACGGUACGGAUGUACAUAGGAAAGCGAGGGACACGGCACGCCUGUAGAUACCGAUAUGCCGGACUAGAGCAUGAAAUGGAUGGACAGCAAGUAGUACGCUAGAGAGAAGAGAAUGAUAAUUAUUAACAAUUAUAAUUAAAAUUAUAAUUAUAAUUAUAAUUCUGAAAGAAAAGUUUCGAAGGAGAAAGAAGAGAAAAGAUUUAAAAAAUUACAUAGGAAGUAAAUGGGGCAGUGAAAAGAGAACGUAAAUUAGUUGCGUUCGAUAGAGAGAGAGAGAGAGAGAGAGAGAGAGAGAGAGAGAGAGAGAGAGAGAUAAAAAGAGAAUAAAAGUUAGAGUGAGAGUGAAAGAGACAAGAGAAAAUUGUUGAAUGAUAUUGAAAAGAUUGUAAGAAAAAAAGAGAGAAAAAGAGAGAAGUGGGGAGAGAGAGAGAGUGAAAGAGUAUUAAAUGUUGAUGUUAGAAAAUUGUUGAAAAAAGAGGGGGACAAAGAGUGAGAGUGAGAAAGAAAGAAAUUGCUGAAUGUAUCAAAGUAACGAAGAUAUUGGAAAGAGAAUAAAGAAAGUUAAAGAAAGUUAAAGAAAGACAUAGAAAAAGAGAGAAAGAAAAGAAAGUUGUCGAAUUUAUUAAAGUAAGAAAGAUAUUGAAAAGAGAAUAAAGAGAGUUAGAGAGGGAGAAAAGGGGAGAGAAAGAAAGAGAGAGAAUGAGCCACGCUCAACAGCAUGUGCUUGCGAGCGCCAUAGUCCUCGCUCUGAUAGUGGUUUUUGGCAUUCACGUCUUCCUCUUUCCCAUGUACACCUCCAGUCCGGCGUCCAGGCAUACGAAAAUAUCAUCAUACGAGCAAGCAUUAUGUCGGACCAAUUUAAAAAGUGUCCGAGUACCACCAGAAUGGAGGAACCCUUGUCCAAAAUAUGGAAUCGUCACAGCUGUCCAAGGUGGUCGACUCGGUAAUCAAAUUUGGGAAUACGCUUCGGUAUGGGCAACUGCUAGGAGGACUGGUCUAGAACCGUUUAUGCCUCGUUGCAUAUUAAAGACACUCGAGGAACAUUUCGAGAACCUCAGUAUACCACCUUUGAGUUAUAUCGGAAGAUGUACUCUCGACGUUGGCCAAGUGGUCAAUUCACUUGGUCAAUGGAACAGUACAGAACAGAACAUCAUCAUACCGAGGCACGCAGCAUACUGGUCUUUGAUUCUUGUCUGGCUGGACGAUGUACGUCGUGAAUUUACAUUCAAACCAAGCUUAAGAGCAAACGCCGAAACGGUACUACGUGAUGUCGCAGAAACAUUCAAUCUGUCUCAGCCAACUUACGUGAGCGUACAUGUUAGAAGGACAGAUUACGUCGAUUAUCUAUGGCAAAAACUAAAAGUUAGACCAGCACCAAUCAGUUAUUACUUCGCAGCUAUGGACUAUUUCGUUGGUAAAUAUGAUAAAGUCGUAUUCAUUGUUACAAGCGACAAUAUAGAUUGGUGCAAACACAAUCUACGUAGCAAACGUCACAAAAUGAGUUUCGUCUCAGAAGCUGAUGGUAGAGGACCAGGUAAGGAUCUUGCAGUCUUGUCCAUAUGUAAUCACAGUAUCAUAGACUACGGCACGUACGGCUCGUUUGGAGCUAUUUUAGCCGCUGGUGAAACAGUCGUCUACAACGUAACGACGUACUUUUCCACCUUGAUCGCUGAGGUUUUACCCAAGUGGAGGAUAAUGAGUUGAAGUAAAGAAAAUAGAUAGAUCGUGAAAGAAAAGAAUACAACAGAUUGAUUGAUUGAUUGAUUGAUUGAUUGAUUGGUUGCUUGGUUGAUUGAUUGAUUGAUUGAUUGAUUGAUUGAUUGAUUGAUUGAUUGAUUGAUUGAUUGAUUGAUUGGUAGG